AUGGGCUCUCGACUUGAAGCAACUUCCAGUGCAGUGCGUAAGCGCAUUGAUAAUCAUGACUUUCACGAUGAAGCAGGCGAAGAGUACGAGGCUUCAAAAUUCGGGGGCUUUGGUGAUUAUUUCCGACGUAAAAAGAUAAAGCUACAAAACCUCGAUGCAGAUAUUCGAGCUUCUUCCGGCGACUGUCCCCCAAUAUUCCGAGGGGUGGUCGCUCACGUCAAUGGGUACACGCAGCCAUCUCUUCAGGAUCUCCACCGCAUGAUUGUCAGCCAUGGCGGAGGCUUCCUGCAGUACUUGGAUGGGAAAACUGCCGCUACACACAUCAUCGCAAGCUCUUUGACGCCAAAGAAAUGCGAAGAAUUCCGACGGUACCGAAUCGUCAAGCCAGCAUGGGUCACAGAAAGCGUCGAAGCUGGUCGUUUGCUACCCUGGCACAACUACCGAGUUGUUGACGAAGGGCAGUCCCAAAAGGUGCUCAAAUUCGGUGAGGGUCGCUUUACCAGUCAAGUCAAUACACCGAGGAGUGGCUAUCGCGAUCAAUCAAGAGCCAGCUGGUACAAUUCUCAGUUGGGGUCUGUUCCAUUGGUAGAAACGCACCCUGUUGCAGCAUCCGAGGCGCCCAAGACCCCAACACGAUCUUCUCCAUCGGCUGAAAUGGCCGAUGGUGAUCGUGGCAAAACCUCACAAGCCACGCAAUCUGACUAUGGAGACUUCCCCAGCUUUGCAACUUUAGAAGGGCAAGAGAACUUGGAAUACAAACAACCGAGCCCCGACCGACAUUAUGGGAAGGCCGUAUCGGGGAGAUCAGCAUCUCCGCCUAGUGGUGUCACAACACCACGCAAUGCGAGCACGCGAAACCUGCUCAGCAAUAUGCCUCAACGGCCCAAUAACACGCUUUCUCCCACGAAACAAAUGAGUCCUAUAAACCCGCAAAUGACAUCUGAGGAAUACAAUGCUCAAUUGUUAUUAGAUCCUCGCAUGAGGAAGUCGAGCGUGGUCAACCCCGAAUUUCUGCAGCAGUACUACCGCGAAUCCCGGCUUCAUCAUCUAUCGGCUUGGAAAGCCGACCUCAAGGCUCAGCUGCAAGCUGCAACCCGAGAAAAGGCCACAUCUGGUACUACUCACAGACGAUCAGCGCCAGGGACGAGAAGAUACAUUCUCCAUGUUGAUUUCGAUUCCUUCUUUGCAUCCGUCUCCAUUCUCAAGCACCCGGAGUUUCGCGAGAAACCAGUUGCAAUCGCUCAUGGGCCAGGGUCUGGAUCCGAAAUAGCGAGCUGCAAUUAUGUUGCCCGAGCUCAAGGCGUCAAAAACGGCAUGUGGAUGAAAAGUGCCCUGCAAUCUUGCCCUGAUCUUCAAGUUUUACCAUAUGACUUUCCUGCCUACGAAGAUGCCAGUCGCAAAUUUUAUAAUGCAGUCCUUGCUGUGGAUGGGCUUGUCCAAAGCGUCAGCAUCGACGAAGCGCUCAUAGAUGUGAGCCAUCAAUGCUUGGAAGCUGCGGGAUCUGACGGCAGGGGUGUCUCCGAAGGGUCGAUUUAUCGUGAGCAAGCCAGAGCCGACGAGAUAGCGCAAGGCUUACGUGACUCUAUCAAGGAGAAGACUGGCUGCGCGGUAUCUGUCGGCAUCGGUGGCAACAUUCUUCUGGCUAAGGUUGCAUUGCGAAAGGCAAAACCCGCAGGUCAAUUCCAGUUGAAGCCUGACGAAGUUUUGGAUUUCAUUGGAAACUUGACGGUCCAAGAUUUGCCUGGCGUUGGAUACAGUUUGGGGACCAAGCUCGAAGAAAUCGGUGUGAAGUUUGUCAAGGAUGCGAGGGAGUUGACCAAAGAGAGACUUUGUGCGAGUCUCGGGCCAAAAACUGGGACGAAAAUUUGGGAAUAUGCGCGGGGCAUAGACAAGACAGAGGUGGGCAACGAGGUGAUACGAAAAUCAGUGUCUGCAGAAGUCAAUUGGGGCAUUCGCUUCACCAAUCAAGUUCAGGCCGAAGAUUUCGUAAAAUCCCUUUGUGAGGAACUGUCUCGCAGGUUGGCUGAGAAUCUUGUGAAGGGUAAGCAGCUCACAUUGAAGGUAAUGCGAAGGGCUUUGGAUGCUCCGCUGGAACCAGUCAAACAUCUUGGUCAUGGCAAAUGCGAUGUGUUCAACAAGAGUAUUGUCGUUGGAGUGGCGACCAAUGCCCCUGACAUUCUGGGAAAGGAGGCCGUUUCCAUGCUGAGGAGUUUCAACUUCUCGCCAGGUGACCUUCGAGGACUUGGUGUUCAAAUGACCAAACUUGAGCCACUGAAGCAUGGUCCAUCAGCCUUGGUUGAGGGCAGUCAGCGACAGCUUAGCUUUUUCAAAUCACCGUCACGCAAACCCAUUGUUUCGGCAGCGGAUGUCGAUCCAGAUGAGCUGGAGAGUCCCCGCAAAGGCGAUUCAGCACGUAUCCAGGUUGAUCCGGUGCUCAGUAACAGUGCUCACAAGCCACUCAACAUCUCAGGGUCGCAGUUCAUCAUGCCAACUCAAGCAGAUCCCAAGAAUCGCCGCGAUCUGGCUCUCCUUGCCCGCCGCCUCGCCGUCAGGGAACAGGAGCGACACCUGCGGCGGCCCUUGCCCCCUCAGUCACAAUUAGAUCCGGAGACGCUAGCGGCAUUACCGGAGGAUGUUCGCAAUGAAGUACUCGGCUAUUAUAAUCAGCAAGCCACAUCAAAUGCAGGUCCUCAGCCGCCACAUGAGCAAGCAGCCACGUCCAUCGUGUCUACUCGCCGCGCAAUACCUCAGGGUGGAGCCUUGAUGAAACUCAAGAGGCCAACAACACCUCCCAAGAAAAGAAGAGGUCGCCCUCCAAAGAAUGCAUCGAGCACGGGCAGGGCUUUGGCUCAAACCAACUUUGCUGUUCCUAGGCCGACAACGGCCUCUUCCGCUGUUUCGACUGGCUCGGGUGGAGGCUCGCUGUCCCGGCAGCACUCGCCUGCUGUGGAAGAGGAGAAGUUUUUGGAGGAACAAAGACGCUCUCGCCUUAGGAGGGUUCGCGCUCCGCGUCCAGUCUCUCGGCCUCAAGUCUCCGCCUCCACCCCCGUCUCCGCCUCGGCGCAGGUCCCUGCACCUACGGUCGAGAAGACAGUGUCGCUCCCUCCACUUCCAGCUCGGCCUGUGUUUACCUCGCGGCGACUUUCUGACUUGCCAGACCUACGCGAUGCGGUCACCGCAUGGCACUCGGCAUUUCUCGCCGAGGGUCCAUAUGUGGAAGAUGUAGAAGUUCUCUGCACUUAUCUACGGCGAGUAGUCGGUGAAGAGCGGGAUAUAGACAAGGCGGUCUCCGUAGUACGGUGGCUGAUGUGGCUUGUGAGUGAGGAUGCGGUGAGUCGGGGUCAAGGAGAGACUCCCAGUCCUCCGUCGGGUCAAGGCGAGCAGGGUACUGUGACUUGGGACGACGCAGUGAAGAAAAUGCAACAGAGUGUGCAGGCCACGCUCGAGGAGAGAAAUAUUUCGCCGGUGGACUUUGAUUCAGUAAUAUAA